GCCUGGUAGAGCAACUCGGUGCUGAACAGUCACAGAACACUUUUUGUCAGCUUUUUAGGAAAAUUAGUAUUUCCGUAAAAUUGUAUACUAUAAAGUAAUAAGACAAAAAUAGAUUAUAUUUACAAACACCAUGAACAACAACUGCUGCUGUACUCAAACGGAGGAGUGUAACCAGUGCCAGUCCGGUGAAGACCAGAAGAAGGGUUCACUACUUCACAUGGUUGUGGGUCCGUUUCCCGAUGAGGUAUUCAUGAAUAUUUUGGAUGGCAUCAUACUUUUAUGGGGUGCCAUCAAAAUAAAGAACAUGGGUAAUGUGCAGAACUCGGAACCUGUUACCAAGGAAAAAUCCUGCCUUCCUCCACAUUCUUCCUCUCCUCAAUCGUCUUGCCCUCCUCUACCGUCUUGCACUCCAACGUAUAGCUGCUCAACCUGCUCCUUGGGUCGGGUCAGCUCCUUUCACACUAUAUGUUGUUCGUCGUCUCCCAGCAAGCCGAAUGACUGUAAAGAAAGGGAUUCAACGGUGACCAGCAGUCCAAAGUCGGUGUGCUUUAAAGGUUCGAAUCGUAUAAGCGCCGCCGCAAAUUGUCCUCGGCAGCUUUCUGCUCGUGUGGACUUUAAACAUCCGGCAGAUGAUAUUCGCAAGCAACAGAGUGCCGGUGGUCCAUCGAUGAAGGAGCGAUUGAUGCAGGCUGAAAUUGUCUGUUCCGCCGCCUGUGACGCUUUAAAAACUCGCCUUGCCCAAGAAGAGUCCAGAAGUGAGUGCAAAGGUCAAAAAUGGCUCUGGACCAAACUGAUACGCACCAAGAACGGCUGUCAGGUGUAUGAAGUAUACAAGGACUCGAAUGCCAAUUGCUCGCCAUCCAAAAUCGGCUCUAAGACUCCGGCCAUGGUCUUUUUGGUCUUGCGAAAUGGGCAUAUCAUGCCCUUUGAGUCGAUUAAAACAGUAUAAAGUCGAUAAUAUUGAUAAAAUUAUAAAAAUUGUAUCGUCUCUUAAUAUAUUUAAUCAACUCGGAAGCUUUUUCAUGAUUUAAA